CCGGCGGGUUACAAGUCGAUCCCGAUCGACACACCAAACGACCGGAUUAUCGUGAUGGCUCGCUUGUCGUUUGAGGAUACUUCGUGGGUCGCGGCCGAAUUAAACGAAUGGCGGAGCAUGAUCUACACCGUCGACGACACCUCAAUGACCUACCAUACCCCCGUGAACAAGGGCCGCGAGAGCCUGGCGUAUCUGCAAUACAUCGUGGAUCAUUACUACAGCCUGCCCAGCCUAAUCAUCUUCCUCCACAGCCACCGCUCCGGCUGGCCGCAAGCCUGGCACACCGACACCUUCGACUACAGCAACGUCGAGUCGGUGCGUCUCCUGCGCCCCGAUUUCGUCCAGAAGAACGGCUAUGUCAACCUGCGCUGCAUGGACGACCCGGGCUGCCCGGCCGAGAUUCGUCCCUUCCGCGACCCCCCGGACGAGGGCCGCGAGGCCGAGCUGUACUACGCCCGCGCCUACCAGGAGCUGUUCAACACCUCCACCGUCCCCGAGGAGGUCGGCGUCGCCUGCUGCUCCCAGUUCGCCGUCUCGCGCGACCAGGUCCUCAAGCGCCCGCACUCGGACUACCUGCGUUUCUACACCUGGGUCCUCACCACCGAUCUUUCCGAUGAGACGGUCAGCCGCAUCAUGGAGUACUCUUGGCAUAUUAUCUUUGGCAUGGAUGCUGUCUACUGCCCCGAUGUGUACCAGUGUUACCGUGAAGUAUACGGC